AUGAACCAGUUCGUCCCUGAUUGGAGCAACAUGGGAGACACCUCCAGGCCGCUCGGCGAAGACGAUGACCUCAUUGAGCUGCUCUGGUGCAACGGCCAUGUCGUCAUGCAGAGCCAGAGCCACCGGAAGGUGCCGCCGAGGCCCGAGAAGGCGGUGGCGCCUCCAGCCCCCGCGUCGGUGCCGCAGGAAGACGAGGGCGGCCUGUGGUUCCCCUUCGCGUUGGCCGACUCGCUCGACAAGGACAUCUUCUCGGAGUUCUUCUACGAGGCACCGGCACCGGCACCGGCAGCGGUGGCGGCGCCGGUGGCCUCUGGUGGCACCGGCACUGAAGCCGCCGUGGGCAAGUCGUGCAGGGACGACGUUUCAGCGGAGGCCGACAGGCGCGGCGGGGCCAGGGGCGGGGCGUGCCCGGUGUCCGAGGACCCGUGCGACCUGAUGCCGCCGCCCAAGUCGACGCCCGCGUCCUGCUCCAGGCAGCAGACCAUGAGCCUGGCCAACGGCGGCGGCAAUGCCGACGAUCUCUCGGACCUCGUCGUCCUCCGUGCGGGGAGCGCGGGGAAGUCGGCUGCGGCGGCGGCGGUGGCGGUGGCGGAGGUCGGCGCGUCGUCGAUGCUGAGCGCGAUCGGGUCGAGCAUCUGCGGGAGCAACCAGGUGCUGGUGCAGCGCGCGGUGGGCGCGCCGGGGCGCGCGAACGCGAACGCCAUGGGCGGCAGGGGCAACGAGGCGUCCUCGUCGGGGCGGUCCAACUACUGCUUCGGCACCGCCACCACCACCACCACGACCGAGCCCACGAGCACCAGCAACCGGAGCAGCAAGCGCAAGCGGCUCGACACCGAGGACUCGGAGAGCCCCAGCGAGGACGCGGAGUCGGAGUCCGCCGCCAUGUUGGCGCGCAAGCCGCCGCAGAAGAUGACGACGGCGCGGAGGAGCCUCGCCGCCGAAGUGCACAACCUCUCCGAGAGGAGGAGACGAGACAGGAUAAACGAGAAGAUGAGAGCCCUGCAGGAGCUCAUACCUCACUGCAACAAGACGGACAAGGCGUCAAUGCUCGCCGAGGCGAUCGAGUACAUCAAGUCGCUGCAGCUGCAAGUGCAGAUGAUGUGGAUGGGCAGCGGCAUCGCGGCGGGGCCGCCGGCGGUGACGUUCCCCGGCGUGCACCAGUACCUGCCGCGGAUGGGCGUCGGGAUGGGCCCGGCGGCGGCGAUGCCGUCCAUGCCGCGGCUGCCGUUCAUGGGCGCCCCGCAGCCGGUGGUGCUCGCCAACGCGCAGGUGAACGUGAACCCGGUGCCGGGCUACCGGGGCCACCACCACAUGCCGGCGGCGGUGGGCAUCACGGAGCCGUACGGGCACUACCUCGGCGUCAACCACCUGCAGCCGCCGCCGUCGCAGGUCCAGUAUGCAUGUGUUCCUGACAAGUUUGGGCAGCACUACGCGCAGGGCGUGGGGUACUACCCGUCGCUGGGGGCGAAGGCCGUGCAGCAGCAGAUUCCAGAGCCUCAUCACGUGCCGGGCCCCGGUGGCAGCAUGCCAGCCGGCGCCGCGCCCAGAGUGCUGCCCCCAGAGAGCGCGCCAAGCAGAGGACCAGCAGGAGCGUCUCAGCGGGAGGAGAAAACUCCAACCCUAAAAACUAAUUAUUGGAAGAGAUAUAAAACGUGUUUUGAGAUUUUGAAGAUCUUCUCUCCAGCAGAACGAGAAAAUCAAAUCCCUAACGAGAAAAAUAGUGGAUUUGCCUUUUAUUUGAGGGGUGGGAGCUGUGAUUUGAGGGACUGA